GUCGGCGCUCCGCAGGGCGUGCGCCGGAACAGUGGACUCUGUAGGUGACCGCCGCCGGGCUUCGCGGUAGAAGUGGGGUGGAUUUCGGAGACCGAAGCGCCGCGUCGUGGGAGCCCUCCAGGCGAGGUGACCAAAGCCACGCAAUGUCAAUAGCUCGUUCAUCUGUCCAUGCCAAAUGGGUCGUGGGGAAGGUGAUUGGGACAGCAAUGCAAAAAACUGCUAAAGUGAGAGUGACCAGACUUGUUCUGGAUCCCUAUUUAUUAAAGUAUUUUAAUAAGCGAAAAACCUACUUUGCCCACGAUGCUCUCCAGCAGUGCACCGUUGGAGAUAUUGUGCUUCUCAAAGCUCUACCUGUCCCGAAAACAAAGCACGUGAAGCAUGAACUGGCUGAGAUAAUUUUCAAAGUUGGACAAGUCAUAGAUCCAGUGACCGGAAAGCGCUGUGCAGGAACCACCUACCUGGAGAGUCCAGUCAGUCUGGAAACCACCCACCUAAGCAAAAACCUGGAAGAACUUGAUCUCUCUUCAACACAGUGAAGGAGGAUUGGAAAACGGAGCCAAAAGGGAAGGAUUUCUAAGUUUGCUUUAUGGAAAAAUUUUUAUAAGUUUCCUCACAAACCGUCCAGUUUCUCUUCUGGUAUUUAUGAACUAGCUAAAAGUAAAUAAAGUAAAGGCCUUGUUAUAAUUUUUCAUAAA